GGGAUGUUAUCUCUUUGGUCUAAGGUCUGGGGGAUGACCCGAACCCUGGAAUUUCCCGAGGUGCCCUCUCACAUGGUGGGGUAGCCCUCCCUCUAGCCUCCAAAAUACUACGCAGUAGCGCGGGAUGGAUUGGCGAAGAUUGGGGGCGUCGAGGUUGGUGAGGGGGCACGGGCACAAAGCAGCCGCUGUCUGAUUUGACCGGACGCUGACUGCAUUUUCUCAUGCAUUUCGAAGAUGCUUGGUACCGGUGCAGGAAGGUGCAGAAUGGUGUGGUGUAUCGAUACGCAGGAUACGGUACCACCUAUCCUGCCAUCCUGCCAUCCACUGUUCCCCUCAAUCUAGCAUUUCCCCGAGUCCAAGAAUCUGGCACGAGAUAUGUAAAUCCAUCACCCGCCUUCUUCAGGGUCUGUUGCUGUCUGUCUGAUGACAGGUUUGAUAGGCGUGUUUUGAUACACAGCAGAUACCCGUCUGGAAACAAAACGGACAAAAAAGAUGUUUCCACUUGGUUGCAUGGAACACUGAGGAAAGAGCGCGGCUACAGCGACCAGGGGCCCAUUACUAACACGUCCGCUACCUACGGGGCCGCUAACGGGGGGUCGCAGCUGGAACCUAAACCAUCUCCCAUCUUCGCAUCCUGGGCAAUCUACCAUCUUCGCGCAGCAUCUUGCAAACAUUUCCCCGUUCUUCUGAGCCGUGACAAGGUCCUGGCAGAUAGAAGGAGGCCCACCAUUCCUGUCUCACCUUAUUAUCCCGUCCACGAGUCCAUCGACCUUCGAGACCCCGAUACCCCUCGUUUCCUCGACUACCUACCUACCUUGCUUGCCAUCGACUUAUCGAUAACCACUGUACCACCCGUUGUACCACCCGCGCCCGCACGACAACCUAACCUGUACAACCUACCGCGCUUAUCCCGAGACUUGCAAACGUGCGCUCUACAUCAGAAUCGAUUCAUACUCGCGGGGUGCCCCUCACCUGCUACCUUAGCUCCAACAUCCUCGACCUUCCGAACAGUAACAGUUUCCUCUGUAACAUCCCACAUCAACGACAAGGUCAAUCACACCACGAUGGCCUCCGUUUCCACCACGGGGCCGAAUGCCCAGACAACUGCGAUUCAUAAUGACCUGGGAAGGGAAGAUCAGACACUGCUCCUGUUUGCCCACCUGAUGGAGGGCGGCAAGGAAGACGAGGAGACGGUCGAAAGUUUGGGCAAGCUGACCAAGCUGCUCAACGACGAUGUCGAGGCCACCAAGAAGGGAGAGAAAUCCAUUACCACCGUCAUAGAUAGCGACUGCGUCGAUACCAUGUUGUGUUAUCUGGAUAUGAGACAGUCCGACAUUGUUCGCGGUCAUGCUGCUCUCUGCACCUCUGCUUACCUCAAGGCCGCCGGCGACGACGGCAGCAAGAAGCUCUCCGCCUUCUUCCUCGACCGGGUCCAACGAGGCACCUACGACGACUAUAUUGUGGCGUUUUGCGUGGCAGCUACCAUCUUCCCCAUCGUCCCCGAUCUCACGUCCGACCUUUUCCUCACCGAAGGUUUCCUCCCCAGUCUAGGCCCGCUUAUGAGGCGCAAGUGGAAGAGCCGCAAAGUCGAGACAGCCUGCCUCGAAAUGCUCAACGCUGCUUGCAUGCACUCUCACUGCCGUGAAGCUGUCCAGAAGUACUGCAUCGACUGGCUAGAGGAGAUUGUGGACCAGGAUACCGAGAAGGUUAUCGAGUCCAUGUACACCACCGAUCCCGACGUCGCCGUCCAGGAGGGUUCCGUUUCCAUGAGGAGGCACUCGAUCCAUGUCCAGAACCUGGCCGCCGUGGUCUUGACCAAGCUCAGGGUGAGCCUCCAACUGCCUCCGUCACCCACCUCCGAGGCACCUCCAAACUUGUCCGACCCAUCCCAGCCCCGGAUACAGCCGGCGACAACCAGCGUAGAAGAUCUCUCCAAAAAGUUUACCCAGAUGCUCAUCAAGGACCCCGAACAUUCCAGCCAAGCCUCGGUCGAAGGACUCGCCUAUGCAUCGAUCCGCUCCAAGGUUAAGGAGGAACUAGCCGGUGAUCCCGAAUUUCUCAAAUCACUUGUAAAAACACUCGAGUCGGCGCCGCCCAGGUCCCCUCUCAUGUACGGCGCUCUCAGCAUUUUUGUUAACCUUACACAAUACCGUCCAGCCCUUACAGAAGAACAAAAGCGCAUAAGUCAACUCAAGGCCUAUGCGGAUGCAGCAGGCAAGCUUCAACCCGACCCCCUGAACGACAACGAACAUGUCAGCGCACGCUGUAAACGUGUCUUCGAAGCCGGCCUCACCCCCGUUCUCGUGACCAUCAGCAAAACCAGCUCCGUAGCCUCCCUCACCCUCGUCAUCUCGGUUCUCAACUCGCUCUCCAUGACACCCUCUAUGCGGGGACCGCUUGCUCAACAAGGCGCCGUCCGUCUGCUGAUCGGUGCCUGGACCAACCUGCCCGAAGACGACCCGAAGAACAUGACAGUCCGACGAACCGCCGCCCAGGCCCUCGCCCGUAUCCUUAUCUCCACAAACCCGAUGCUCGUCUUCGGCGGCUCCCGUACCACCCCCAUGAGCACCGCCAUCCGACCCCUCGUCCACAUCCUUCUCCCCGACCAAACCGCCGAAACACGCGAUCUCCUCCCGACGUUCGAGUCCCUCAUGGCGCUCACCAACCUCGCUGCUGUUGACGACGACACCCGCCGCACCAUUGUCCGCGUGGCUUGGAGGGAUAUUGAGGAGCUUCUCCUGUACAACAACCCUCGCAUCACCACUGCAGCCGUCGAGCUCGUUUGCAACAUCGUCCAAUCCCCCGAAGAAGCCGAGGCGCUCUUUGCCGAUACCAGCAAACCGCAGGCGCAGACCAGGCUGAAAAUCCUUGUAGCUCUAGCGGACGCCGAAGACGCCGCUACACGCAGUGCUGCCGGUGGUGCCUUGGCUGCCUUGACGGGAUAUGAGAGCGUGGUGAAGGCUAUUGCGGAGCGCGAACGCGGACCGGAGAUUAUUCUUGGGCUGUGCGAGGACGAUAACGAGGAUCUAAGGCACCGCGGCGUAUUUGUUUUGUUGAAUAUGGUGGCAUGCGAGGGCCAGACGGGCAAGCUGGCCAGAGAGAAGUUUAUGAGCAAGGGCGCGGUGGAGAUCAUGAGGGAUGUGGUUACCAGGUCGAAGAGGAGGGAGAUUGUGGAGCUGGCUGUGCAGUGUCUGAAGUUGUUGUUGGGGAAGGAGUGAUUUGCUUUUCGUGAGAAGCAAAGAGGCCAAUGUUGUGGAGGUACAUGAGAUGCCUUGCUGAUUUGUUCUGUUUUCUUUAUUUCAACUGUUUGAGUAUGUUGUUGUACAAAAACAGUGGUACGGUUCACUUACGGGAUUGGGGGCAUGGCGGACAAGGCCGGGGACAGGUAACAGGCAUCGUCAAU